UGAAUAGCAGUGAAAUCAAAUGUAUGAUUUUUUUGGCUCCGUUUCCCCAAGUCAAAUAUAAUUGGAUUUUAGUUUGUUUAUAUCAACCUGUAUUCAACCCCACAAUAAACAACAAAGAAGAACGACAAACUCUUUCUUUCGCCGGACCAAACAAGCUAUGGGUUUUAUUCAAGAUAUCAAAGCAUCGAUCGAUGCCGAUAAAUUUAUAUUUAUUUAUAUAUAAAAUCGGUUAUUGUAUACUUGUAUAGUAAUCUUUUCGUACAAUAAAAAAAGGAAAAUGCUUCUUACAAUCGAAUACAUAGAGAUUAUGCCAAAAAUCUUAUGAAAUUAUGGAAUAUGAAAUUAAAUAAAUAAUAAAAGAGAUAAAAAAAAUUAUGCGCUGCGUCAUUUUCGGUCAAACGCGCAGCAAUUACGGAUUUCUUUUCUCUAGUUUUCGGAUUUAAGAUUUCAGAUCAAGUUUCGUCUGCGCCAGCAGUUAGUAAAAGAGGACAAACUGAAUGGAACAAGGUUCAGUAUAAAAUGAUAUGUAAUUAAUUUAAAACUUGUUUUGAUUGUGUGCGAAGAUAUAUUUAGAAAACAAAAAGAAAUAAAGAAACAAGAAACGUUAAAGGUUAACCAGUGUGAGGGGAUAUUUUUUUCAAAUAAAAAUUCUCAAAAAAAUAUAUAUAUAUAAAUUGUACUUAGGUAGCCUAUCCGGAAAUAGUGAAUUUAAUGCGAAUAUCAAGAUGUCGUGGGAAAAUAACAAAUUACAGAACUACAUUAUAAAUGUACGGAGUCAAGUAAUCGACAAAUAAUUAAAAAAAAUAGUUUUUGGUAGUAAAAGAGAAAUAAAAAUGUGGAUUAUUUUACUAAUACUAGGAAUGACUUCACUUCAUGGCAUAGAAUGCCAAUGUACCUUUCCCGCCACAUUAACAGGCACGUGGGUCUCAAGCAAUGAUGGCACGUGGGAUAUCAACUCUACUCAUCUGCUCAAUUACUAUAGCGUGUCAAGUACAACCGGAAUUACUAUAUCGCCUGGAGUGUCUCAAUUAAAUUUUGAAUGUUUUGAGAAUCGUGGCGAUACAAAAUAUGUAAUAAAAUCGGAGGAAUUUACUUUACUCGGUGGGCAAAGGUCGAUACAUACUUGCAUAGAUAUCAGGCAAACAACGGAUAACAAACUUGUCUACUACCAAGCAACACAGGCGGACCCGUUUGGUUAUCAGUUUACAAUACAAGAUGUGUAUGACAACGUAUGCAACACUGACUCAUAUGUACAGCCAUACAAUUACCAUAUCGCUCUAAAAUCAGGUUCGGAGACAAGUGAGCUGCAAAAAUGUCCAGCUGAUUGUUUGGAUCAUACAAUUAUGACCACGUGUAUUGAUGUUAAUUCCAACAGCACGAGUUUGAAAGUGUUAGACGCUAACGAUCAGAGGAAAGUGGGUCCCAUCCCCCAUCUGAAAAUAUACAACAGAGACAGUACUGCACCGGAUAAUAACAACUAUUACCGAUUUGUAUGUUUGGUUGUUGUGUUGUCUGGCGGUGUUGUAUAUGUGACAGCUAGUCCUAAAGAU